AUGGACAACGAUGGCUGGAUUCGGUCGGUUUCGGUGAUGGAUUUGUCACCCGUCGGACUCCGGACCCGACCGAUGUUAUGGAACAAGAUCCUCCAACAACAACACCAGCAGCAGCAACAACACCCAUUGAGGUCUGCACAAAUCCGCCUCCUAUUGGUCGGAAGCGAAGAAGAGCUAAUGCGAAUGCUAUUAGAAAGAGGUUGUAGAAAAGGGUUGGCUUACUUUAUCAUUUUAGAUGAGAAGCCCUUUAGAACAGUUGAAGGAGAGGGAUUCAAGUACUUUUGUUACCAAAUGCAACCCCAAUUUACAAUACCAUCUAGAAGAGCCAUAGCUAGGGACUGUUUUCAAAUAUAUCUUGAUGAGAAAGUGAGGUUGAAAGCAUUAUUUAAAUCUGAUUGUAAUAGAGUGGCAAUUACAACAGAUUGUUGGACUUCCGUUCAAAAUCUAAACUACCUGACCCUCACUGCUCAUUUUAUAGAUAAGGAUUGGCAAUACCAAAAAAGGAUAAUAAGCUUUGCGAGUAUCCCAAAUCACCGAGGUAAAACAGUUGGUAAGAAGGUUGAGGAUGUGCUGAAGGAGUGGGGGCUGAAAAACGUUUCAACUAUCACGGUAGAUAACGCAGCAUCAAAUGAUGUUGCUGUUAAGUAUUUAGAGCAGAAGAUAAGAAACAUGAAUGGACUUUUUUUGGAUGGAUUUGGAUUUCACAUGAGGUACGUAAGAUCUUCACCCCAUAGAGCGUUAAAGUUCAAUGAAUGUGUGGGUUAUGCCAAUAUUACAUGCAAGAAGUUGGUAUGUCUUGAUGUUUCAACUCGUUGGAACUCGACGUAUUUGAUGUUAGAUGCAGUUGAGAAGUAUGAAUCAGCUUUUGAUAAGCUAGAAGAUGAGGUUGAGGAUUAUAGGGAUUUCUUUGAAGCUUUCCCUUUCCUGGCUGGAAUUUAUGUUGAGCUUAAGUCAUUAAACUUGGACCUAAAUGGACUGUUUGCUAGUGUGGCUAAGGAAAUGUUGGAUAAAUUUAAGAAAUAUUGGAUUGAUAUCACUAAGAUGAACCAACUCCUCUAUUUGGGUGUUAUUUUUGAUCCCCGAUAUAAGUUACGAUUUGUGGACUGGUGCUUUACUGAUAUGUAUGGACCACUUUCAGAAACUAAGAAAUCUUUGUUAGAAGAGAUCAAUAACAAUCUCUCCAAAAUCUUCAUGGUUUACAAAGAAGCCUAUGACAAUGUUGAAGGACGUAUCCCAGCAAUGGCAGCCACUGUUUCUAAUGGUGAAGCUGCUGCCAGUGUCGAAGUACCGGCACAUGUAGCUAGACAAAAUGCUUUUCAGCAACAUUUGAAGUCUAUGGAUUCAGUUGAAGAAGUAACUGAGCUUCAGAGCUAUUUAAAAAAAAUGCAUAAGGUUUAA